AAUGAACCCAAAAUCCAUGAUGGCCACACUGUAUGUGGGUGAUCUGCACCCUGAGGUGACAGAGGUGAUGCUUGCGGAGAAAUUCAGGCCUGCGGGACACAUUCACUCCGUCCGCCUCUGCAGGGACAGGAAGACCGGCUCCUCACUCGGCUAUGCCUACAUCAACUUUCAGCAUCAAGCCGACGCUGAGCGAGCAUUGGAAAUACUCAAUUUUGAGCUCCUCAUGGGAUGGCCCAUGCGCAUCAUGUGGUCUCAGAGGGAUUCAUCCCUGAGGAACACCGGCGUUGGAAACCUGUUCAUCAAGAACCUGGACAAGUCGAUUGACAGCAAGGCCCUUUUUGACACUUUCUCCAUCUUUGGGAAGGUCCUGUCAUGCAAGGUUAUGGGUUAUGAGAAGGGAUCAAAAGGCUACGGCUAUGUCCACUUCGAGUCUGCAGAGACAGCGGAUUUGGUGAUGGAGAGGCUCAACGGAAAACUGUUCAACGGUCAUAAAGUCUUCAUCGAGCACUUUAAGAUCCGUGAGGAGCGCAAGGCUGUGGAAGUACCCUGCUCCCAACUCUUCACGAACAUCUACAUCAAAAACCUGGAUAAAGACGUGGAUGACAAGAAGCUGAAAGACAUCUUCAGCAAGUUCGGUCUUGCUCUGAGUGUCCGCGUCAUGACAGAUGAGAACGGGAAGUCCAAAGGUUUUGGCUUCGUAAGAUUUGAGAGGCACGAGGAUGCACAGAGGGCUGUGGCUGAGAUGAAUGGAAAGGAGCUGAAUGGCAAGAAGGUGUACGUGGGCCGAGCACAGACUAAAGUAGAGAGACAGACUGAACUCAAUCACAAGUUUCAGGAGGUAAAUACACACACUCUGGCUUCUCUGCUCCAGGGUCUGAACCUCUACAUAAAGAACCUUGAUGACAGUGUAGAUGAUGAGUGUCUACGCAUGGAGUUCUCACGAUUUGGAACCAUCACCAAUGCAAAGGUGAUGAUGGAGAAUGGCCGCUCCAGGGGAUUUGGCUUCGUGCACUUCGCAUCUUCCCAGGAAGCCAUGAAGGCCAGGAAAGAGAUGAACGGCAGGAUGUGGGGCAGGAAGCCGGUGUACGUGGGUGUGGCUCAGCGCAAAGAGGAACGCCAGGCUUGGCUUGCCCAUCAGAACAUGCAGAGGAUGGCAAGCAUGCAGCUUAACACCAUACAGAACAUCUGCCAACCUGUGCCUUUUUUCUGCUACACCAUUCCUGAGGCUCAGAACCUGGCUGCCUACACACCCAGCCAGAUGGUCGAGCCCCACCCAGUUCUGUACUGGACCACAGCGCAGACCAUCCAGCUGCAAUGUGAGUAACAGCUGUCUGAUUGUAUUUGUAUAUCAGUGUUAUAU